AUGGCCAAACUGAGUCCAGGUGUGACGUACAUCAACGUGUCCGUGGUGCUCAACAGUCUCGAGAUGAUAGACAACCGACGCGUGACCACCUACAAUAACAAUAACGGCCCUCCCUCAGCAACAUACAAUAACAAUAACAGCUCUUCUUCAGCCACCUACAAUAACAAUAACGGCCCUUCUUCAGCCACCUACAAUAACAAUAACGGCCCUUCUUCAACCACCUACAAUAACAAUAACGGCCCUUCUUCAACCACCUACAAUAACAAUAACGGCUCUCCUUCAGCCACAUACAAUAACAAUAACAGCUCAUCUUCAGCCACCUACAAUAACAAUAACGGCUCUCCUUCAGCCACCUACAAUAACAAUAACGGCCCUCCCUCAGCCACAUACAAUAACAAUAACGGCCCUCCCACAGCCACAUACAAUAACAAUAACGGCCCUCCCUCAGCAACAUACAAUAACAAUAACAGCUCAUCUUCAGCCACCUACAAUAACAAUAACGGCUCUCCUUCAGCCACCUACAAUAACAAUAACAGCUCAUCUUCAGCCACCUACAAUAACAAUAACGGCUCUCCUUCAGCCACCUACAAUAACAAUAACAAUAACGGCAUGCUCACUUCAAUUAAUUGUUAA